AUGAUCUAUGUCCAGGACAAACGACUGGCGCUGCCAAGCGGGAGGACCCUCGCCUACGCAGACAAUGGCAAUACCUCAAGUUCUACACUCAUUCUCUUUCUUCACGGGGCGUUUUCCGUCGGCGAUGCAUCUCGACUAUCUCCAAUCCUGGUUGAGAAAAACAUCCAUUUCAUAGCACCUUCUCUUCCUGGCUGGGGCAAAUCUUCGCCUGUUCCAGACCCUUCAAAUUAUCCCACCACAUUUGCAAGUGACAUGUCUGCCUUGUUGGUCCACCUACGGACUGAUGCUGUGCACCUGAAAAUCAUUAUUUGCGGUUAUGCUUUUGGCACCAUCGCCGCUCAGAUGUUAUACGGUGCUCCCGCCAGCGCGUUCUCUUUCCAAAUGUCGUGGCAAUCCUACUUCCUAACAGGCCCACCAUGUCGUUAUAUACCAUUUAAUAUUCCCGCUCGUCUUACGAGGUACGCCUUGGUGACAAAACUAAAAUCAGUGUCGGCAGCGGAAGUCUUUAUACGUCACUCACUCUUUGAUCGCAUGACUGAUCGAGAGCGAGAGGCGUACUUGCGCUGGAGAGAAGAACGCGGUUUGAGCGAAGGUCAAUUUGAGAGGGAGAUGGCAGAGAAUAUGGUGCGCAGCGUAGGGCAGACAUGGGAAGGAUUUCUCCAUAUACCAACCAUUUACCACUCAGGGUGGGGCGGAUUAUCCCCAUCUACACUCGUCAAAGGGCGUGAAGAUGGCUUUUCUCCUCCAGUAUACGUCGUUGCUGCUAAACAAGAUCACACAGUGUCGGUCAAUGUCGCACAAUGGCUGGCGGGACAGUAUCAAAACGCCGCUCUCAGGGUAGUCGACGGUAGUCACACAUCGCUUCUAUUCACUCUGGACGAUAUUUGGAAGGAAAUUCUGGAUUGA